AUGGAAAUGCAGCAACUCUGGAAAAUGACGACGGGAUGGGAUGAUCCACUUCCAGAAGAAAUGGAACGAAAUUGGCAAGUUUUCCGUGAUCAGUUGAAGUUGAUCAAUGAAUGGCGUAUACCAAGAUUAGCUAAGAUCAUUAACGCAGAGGAUUUGCAACUCCACGAUUUUGCUGAUGCUAGUCAGCGUUCUUACGGAGCUUGUAUUUAUCUGAGGUCAUCAAAUGGUGGGAAGCAUCAUUCCAUGUUGCUCUGUUCAAAGUCAAGGGUGGCUCCAGUUAAAAUCAUCUCAUUAUCCAGACUGGAGUUGAGUGCCGCGGUGCUACUCAUAAAAUUGAAUAAAGUAGUAAUAAAGGCUCUCAAGGUCAUGUUAGAAAUUUUAUUUUAA